AUGAUUAUUUUUUUGCUUUGUUUUAUCAUUUUUUUGUUUUUUUUCCUUUUUUUUUUUUUUUUUUUUUUUCUUUUCUCCUCUUGCAUGGCUUUAGCCGCAGUUCCCCGGGGUUAUCAAGUGGUAACUGGUGGCGUGAUGGAUACUCAUCGUCGUGCGACACUCGGUCAGCCGUCAAUUACUUCUUCGCGCAUUAUGAGCUUGGCCUUUGCAAAUGCGAGUCAGACGGAUGCGAGCAUCGCGACCUCCUUCGGGCUACAUCUCAGGGAGCCGCGCAUCAAGCGUAAUCACCCUCGCAAAGUUCUGUGUGCAGAUGACUGUGAUCUCAUGGUUUCGCUUAUGCAAAAAGCAUGCCCCACGUUUCCCCCACGUGCACAAGAGGCUACUGGCAGCGAAGAAGAUGAGCAAGAUGAGACCGAAUCACAGAUCUACCUGAAGAAUUUGACACGCGCACUUGAUGAGGCACUCACGAGGAAACGAAAAUUAAAUAUGAAAUCUCGGUCUUCCCCGAAAGAAACCGCCACCUCAUGGGUGGAGUCUAGCCAUGCAUCGACUACUUCUGCUCCAGUGGAGGCAGAAAGAGGUGCCCUGGAGCUGUGGAUGGAGGAACAGCACCGGGGGCAACGCAUCACCCGCAGUGCAGAGCCGUUUUGUAAAAGUCGAUCAUUGACAAAUGCCGUUAGCAAGGGACGCUUCCCAGAUGAUGCGAACGCUCCAAUCUCGGAGGCAGUUCGAAAGUGGGAAAAGGAACAAAGUCAGCCCCUGCAGCGUCACCGCCAUCAGCCCAAGCAGCAACGGAAAUCAGGUGAGGGAGGGAAAGAUCAUGACGAAAAAACUCACCGUGAGACAUCCUUGUCCUCUCACGAAGGUCUCAAUGGGGUUCCGACCCUCCUGGGGAGGCUAAAGCAACUGCCCGUGCGAAGUUGGCGAGUGAUUCAUAAUCUCACACGGGCGCCUGAGCCACCCGUUAAGAAUGACUCUAUGCCUACUGAUGAAAGACCUGUGGAUUUUAUGGUUGUAGAAAACUGGCGGCAUAAUUUUGAUUACGUGGGCUACGAAGAACAAUUUAACCUGGAUGGGUUGCUGUCCACAAGAGAUUUUUGCCGUUGCAUGGUGACGCGGCAUGAGGCAUCCACCACCGGGCAAACGCCUUUAAUCGCAUUGGCUGAUAUGUUUAAAAAAAAUAGGGCUCGUUCUGCCGCAAAGAAGCGUGAGGCACAGCCUUGCCCCAACAAGGAUGUUCUUUGGAGUAGUGUGUGGAUGCAAAGAGCAAAUGAAAUUGCGCUUGAAAAGGAGAGGCAGAAACUUAUUGAUGGAAUCCGUGCCUUUGAACUGCGCGUGCCAGCGGCUGCCCGCUCUAAGGAGGCCGUUGAAGAGCUUCAAAAGGAUCUUGUCGAACUGCUGAAGAAGUGGCCCUGCGAUUCUAUGAAACGUCAUGUUUUUACAAAGAUCAAUUUUCUGGAGUGGGUUAGGGAGCGCCAGAAACUGCAGCCAACCGUGGGAACGGGUGCAUUGCCGUCGCUGAGCCUGGCGGAGUCAAUGGCAUCGCGUGCGGAGGCUUCAUUUGUUGAACACGUUUUGGCCCUUCUGCCGGGGGACGAAAACUCUCUUGUCACCCGAAGACCAGCAACCGCGCCGUAG